CAACACUUUUGGAGAAAAAUAUGUUUGAAUUUCUAAAGGAAAUGUAAAAUAAAAGCAAAUGAUAAACGGUGACCCUCAAAAGCUCUUGAUGUUGAUGAAACGGGGCAAAAUAAAAUAUAAGAACUUUAUUAAAAGACAACAAACAAUAUUUUGAGUCAAAGAAUGUAUUUAGAUAACAACUACGGAAACAUACAGACGAACUCCACAUUAAUACAAACAUAUAUGGCUUCACAUAUAAGAACUGUUCUAUUGUUUGUCAGUCCGAUGUUGGUUUUAUGCAGUUUCACAUUCUUUACAAAACAAAGAUAAUAUGGUGUUUUAUUAACAAAUUACAAUUAUAAAGAAAACAUUUAGGUGUUAACAAACAAGAAUUUAUUAACAAAACUGCUGAUGUCUUUCCAAAACGUGUGUGUGAAAGCCGAGUAGAGUCGCAGUACUAUGACGUCAUCAGUGGGCGCUGGACCCCGAGCAGAUCCUGUACCGAAACCGGCGCCAGUGGCUCACCGUGUCGUUCUUCCGGUCGUUGUACGGUGAAGAACACGCCAUGUUGUUGUCUGGAGCCAGGUCUCCGUGUUCCGGGGCUCAGGCCGCUAGCGGGGCUUCGGGGUUGUGAGGCUGGGUCGGCAGAGAGGAGCAGGAAGUGGGAGCUGAGUGGGAGGAGGGACGGAGGGAGCUAGCCGCUGAGUAGCAACGGCUAGUGACGGAGUGAUGAGUGACUGGAACGGGAAGAAGAAGAGAAGUGGAGAAGCUGGGGCCUCGAGGAGUUGACCUGGAAACGGACUUGAAUAACUGGUCAGGAGCUCCUGGCACCAGGGAUCGAUGAGCGAGCUUGUGAAUGGUGUUAAAAUAAUGGCGCUGGUUAAAGAAGAAGCUCAUGAAGAACAGAGUGCUGGUGAGGACCAGCAGGAACCAGAACACCUUCACAUAAAGGAGGAACAGGACGACCUCUGGAACAGUCUGGAGAGAGAGCAGCUACAUUUGAAGGAGACUGAUGCUGCCAGAUUUCUAUUCACUGCUGGUUCUAUAAAGAGUGAGGAUGAUGAAGAAAAACCUCUCGUCUCACAGCUUCAUCAGCAGGAAACAGAAGACCGAGAUGUUCCAGCGAGCAGCUCAGCUGACCAUGUGACAGCAGAAAUGACAAGUCAUUUAGCAACAAGGUCUUCAGGCUGUUGUGUUAGUAAGGAAUGUGUUAUAGUGAAGCAACUUGCAGCCUCAUGUAGGGAAGUCCAGAAAAAGACUAAAACCUUUAGAUGUGAUCACUGUGGAAAAGAAUUUAUGGUUAAAUCAAGUUUAAACAGUCACAUGAGUGUCCACACAGGAGUAAAGCCUUUUGCCUGUGAGCUGUGUGGACAACGAUUUAAUCAUAAGCUGAGUUUAAACGGUCACAUGAGUGUCCACACUGGACAGAAACCUUUUGCCUGUGAGCUGUGUGGACAAAGAUUUACCCGAAAGACAACUUUAAACAGACACACGAGAGUCCACACAGGACAGAAGCCUUUUGCCUGUGAGCUGUGUGGACAAAGAUUUCGUUAUAAGACAAGUUUAAACAGUCAUAUGAGUGUCCACACAGGACAGAAGCCUUUUGCCUGUGAGCUGUGUUGUCGAAGAUUUCUUUGUAAGACAAGUUUAAAAAGUCACAUGAGUGUCCACACAGGAGUAAAGCCUUUUGCCUGUGAGCUGUGUGGACAAAGAUUUAAUCAUAAGCUGAGUUUAAACGUUCACAUGAGUGUCCACACUGGACAGAAACCUUUAGCCUGUGAGCUAUGUGGACAAAGAUUUACCCGAAAGACCAUUUUAAACAGUCACAUGAGGAUCCACACAGGACAGAAGCCUUUUGCCUGUGAGCUGUGUGGACAAAGAUUUCGUUAUAAGACAAGUUUAAACAGUCAUAUGAGUGCCCACACAGGACAGAAGCCUUUUGUUUGUGAGCUAUGUGGACAAAGAUUUAGUCAUAAGACAAGUUUAAACAGUCAUAUGAGUGUCCACACAGGACAGAAGCCUUUUGCCUGUGAGCUGUGUGGAAAAGGAUUUAACCGAAAGACAGAUUUAAACGGACACACGAGAGUCCACACAGGACAGAAGCCUUUUGCCUGUGAGCUAUGUGGACAAAGAUUUCGUUAUAAGACAAGUUUAAACAGUCAUAUGAGUGCCCACACAGGACAGAAGCCUUUUGCAUGUGAGCUGUGUGGAAAAGGAUUUAACCGAAAGAAAGAUUUAAACAGACACACUAGAGUCCACACAGGACAUAAGCCUUUUAUAUGUGAGCUCUGUGGACAAAGAUUUAGUCAUAAGACAAGUUUAAACAGUCAUAUGAGUGUCCACACAGGACAGAAGCCUUUUGCCUGUGGGCUGUGUGGAAAAGGAUUUACCCGAAAGACAGAUUUAAACAGACACACAAGAGUCCACACAGCACAGAAGCCUUUUGCCUGUGAGCUGUGUGGACAAAGAUUUCGUUAUAAGACAAGUUUAAACAGUCAUAUGAGUGCCCACACAGGACAGAAGCCUUUAGCCUGUGAGCUGUGUGGAAAAGGAUUUAACCGAAAGAGAGAUUUAAACAAUCACACGAGUGUCCACCCUGGACAGAAGCCUUUUGGUUGUGUUACUUGAUGUAAGUGGUUACUUUUAAUAAAUGAUCAGUAAGAUGUGAUAUUCCAUAUAAAUAUGAAAUAUCAAUGUUAUUGAUCUUUUGAAAAUUUAUCUAAAAUGAAACCAGGUCAUUUUGGUAGUUUGGGGAAAUCUCACCUUUGUAAUAUUUUGAGACCGAAUGAAAAAUAAAGUUUCUAAAAACAAACUAAAUACUACAUUUCUACUACUGUGUUGGCGACGGUGGCACAGGAGUAAAGUAAUCACCCCAUAAUCGAAAGGUUGCAGGUUCGAGCCCCCUCUCAGUCUGUCGCUGUCGUUGGGUCCUUGGGCAAGACACUCAACCCACCUUGCCUGCUGGUGGUGUUCGGAGGGACCGGUGGCACCAGUGCUCGGCAGCCUCGCCUCUGUCAGUGCGCCCCAGGGCAGCUGUGGCUACAUCGUAGCUCAUCCCCACCUGCGUGUGAAUUGGUCAAUGACUGAUUGUGUUGUAAAGCGCCUUGGGGGUUUCCAGGGCUCUAGGAGGCGCUAUAUCAAAUACAGGCCAUUUACCAUUUACUAAUGAUGACACGGAACAAAUGAUGAUAAAUUAUGGUUGAAACAAGAUAACUGGGACAAUGAGUGAAAUGAUGGAAUGUGUACUUAGAUGUUAUGUAGCAAAACCAAGUGUCUUAGAAAAUUGUGAUGUCUGGGUUGUAAAAUACGUCUGAAUGUAUGGUUUAACAAUCUCUAUUAAAAAACCAUCCCACGCCAGUUGUGCAGAA